GCGCCGCGAAGCUGCGGGCUGCGGAGCUUCAACCCUUCUGUGAGGAGACCUGAUGAUGACGGCCAUGCUCUUGACAGCCUGGCCUCAGAAGUCGGUGACCUUCGAGGAUGUGGCUGUGUACUUCACUCAGGUGGAAUGGGAUGGCCUGUCUCCUGCACAGAGGGCCCUGUACAGGGACGUGAUGCUGGAGAACUAUGGGAAUGUGGCCUCCCUUGGACUUCCACUUCUCAAACCUGCUGUGAUCUCACAGCUGGAAGAAGGAGAUGAGCUGGUGGGUCCAUUUCCUCUGGCCACUGGAACUGGAAUGGGUUCCUGGGACUUCUGGACUGUAGAUGUUGAUGUCCAGACUGGCAGUAAUUUGACAAAGGAAAUGUAUGAAGAAAAAGACAGUAGAUUGGUUGAAGUUCACAGAGACUUUUCCCAGGAAACAGACUUUUCAGCAGACUGUGUAUUAGGGCAACAGCAGGAACUCCACGCAGCAGGAUGUGUGAAAAGGGAGAACAGUAGCACCGCUGAUGGAACGGUGAAAGAUGAGAUGAGCCUCCCAGAAGAGUGUCCCACCAGUCAGAGUCCAAACUUGUUACAGUGUCCUACAAUCUGUCCUGGAGAGCGACACCCUGAGUGUACAGGAGUGAGGAGAGCCUUUGGCUUAGAGAAGAAACUCAUUAAGCUUGAAAUAACUAGUACUGGGGAGACACUUUUGAAAUGUGAAGAUUCAGCGGACUCCUCGAGAUGUGCCCCUCAGCUUACUCAGCAUCUAGAAAGCUACACUGAGAAGCCUUAUCAGUGCACAGACUGCGGCAAAGCCUUCAGCAUCAAUGCAGAAUUAAUCUGGCAUCAAAGACUUCAUAGUGGAGGGAAACCCUUCAAAUGUGUGGAGUGUGGGAAAUGCUUCAGCUACAGUUCCCACUAUAUCACACACCGGGCAAUCCACAGUGGGGAGAAGCCUUAUCAGUGUAAGGUGUGUGGGAAGGCCUUCAGUGUUAAUGGGAGUCUAAGCAGGCACCAGAGGACCCAUACAGGAGAGAAGCCCUAUCAGUGUCAGGAGUGCGGCAGUGGCUUCAGCUGCAGCUCUGCAUAUAUUACCCAUCAGAGAGUCCACACUGGAGAGAAACCCUAUGAGUGUAAUGACUGUGGGAAAGCUUUCAAUGUUAAUGCAAAAUUAGUCCAACAUCAGAGAAUCCACACUGGAGAGAAGCCUUACGAGUGCAGCGAGUGUGGGAAAGGCUUCAGGUGCAGCUCCCAGCUCCGGCAGCACCAGAGUGUCCACACGGGAGAGAAGCCCUUUCAGUGUCAAGAGUGUGAAAAAGCCUUCAGCAAUAAUGCGAAGCUCAUUCAGCACCAAAGGAUCCACACAGGGGAGAAACCCUAUGGAUGCAGCGAAUGUGGAAAAGCCUUUAGCGUCAAAGGGAAGUUAAUCCAGCACCAGAGGAUCCACACAGGCGAGAAGCCUUACCUGUGCCGUGAAUGUGGGAAAGCCUUCAGGUGCAACUCGCAGCUCCGGCAGCAUAUGAGAACCCAUACUGGAGAGAAGCCCUAUGAGUGCCACGAGUGUGGAAAGGCCUUCAGCGUCAAUGCCAAACUAAUGCAGCAUCAGAGAAUUCACACUGGAGAGAAACCAUUUCAGUGUAACGAGUGUGGGAAAUGCUUUACCUCUAAAAGAAACCUCCUGGAUCACCAUCGAAUCCACACUGGGGAGAAACCCUUUCAGUGUAAACAAUGUGGGAAAGCCUUCAGCAUCAAUGCCAAGUUAACCAGGCAUCAGCGAAUACACACUGGGGAGAAGCCUUUUAAGUGUGUGGAAUGUGAGAAAGCAUUCAGCUGUAGUUCUGACUACAUCGUGCACCAGAGAAUCCAUACUGGAGAGAAACCCUUCCAGUGUAAGGAGUGUGGCAAAGCCUUUCAUGUCAAUGCCCAUUUAAUCCGACAUCAGAGGAGCCACACAGGGGAGAAGCCGUUCCGCUGUGUGGAGUGUGGCAAAGGCUUCAGCUUCAGUUCUGACUGUAUCAUACACCAAACUGUCCACACUUGGAAGAAGCCCUAUGUGUGCAGUGUGUGUCGGAAGGCUUUUAGGUUUAGCUUCCAACUUAAUCAGCAUCAGAAUGUCCAUAAUGAUGCAAAGGCCUAGUAUCAAGAGGGGUGAAGAUGAUGGAAAGCAAAUGCCACAAUGAAUCAUGUGUGCAUUGCCACAGUUACCUGGGGGAAGGCCCUGAGAGGGAAAUGAAUGUGGUGGAGUUCCAGCAAGGCUUUCCUGUUUCAAUCAGGACAGAUGACCAGUUAAAAUAUCUAAUUUUUAUGUCAGGUACCGAUCAGGAAAUGAGAAAAGAUCCCUAGAAGCAUCAAGAAAAGCAGAUUUUUCAAGGAUUAAACAGUUGUUUUGCAGUAUAUUUGUGGAGAAAAUUAGAAUUCUCCAUGGAGAACCACCAUAGGAUACUUGAAUAAAAGGAAACUGAUAGAAAUGUUCUUGGAUAGGAAAAUCCAUAUUGUUAAAAUUUCAAGCUAGGUACUGGUGGCUCACGCCAGCUCUACUCAGGAGACUGAGAUCUGAGGAUCAUGGU